CACGAGGUCGAGCCAGCUCCUGUGUGCCCUGAUCUACUCGCACACGCUCAACAAGACGCCUCGCCUUGCCCACCCCCUCGCCCGUGCCGUCCUCGCCUCGUGCACUCGCCCUCUCGCACAGCUCGAGCGCAACCAACCUCGACUCGCUCAACACCGCUCAAGCUCGAACCUGCGACGCGCAACCAUGGCAGACCAAGUGCCCGACUUCGAAGCCGGCGUCGCGUACUGGGCCGCGACCAACGCGACCGUCGACGGCGUCCUCGGAGGCUACGGCGAGCGACACCUCCACAGAGGCACCCCGGUCCCCCGCCUCGACGCCACCUCGUCGCGCCUGUUGAUCCUCUCGCUCCUCCCCUCCCUCUCGACCAUCACCCCUCCGCACCUCUCGCGCCCUUCCCCUGCGUCAAGCCCGCGCCCGUCGCGCCCCUUCCGCGCCCUCGACUGCGGCGCCGGCAUCGGCCGCGUCACGCGAGACACGCUCCUCCCGCUCUUCGACAGCGUCGACCUCGUCGAGCCCGUCCCGGCGUUCGUCGCCGAGGCAGAGCGCAACGCGCGCUCGGGCCGCGACGGCUGGCGCGCACUCGCGCCGCCGUCGAGCAGCGUCAGGAUCUGGAAGGCGGGCUUGCAGCACUUUGACCCGCUCAGGCCCGCCGUGCCCGUCGUCGACGGGUCGGCGAGCGCCAAGGUCGAGCUCGCGGCGACGGUCGGCAGCGAGGACUUUGCGUGGCCCGACCCAGAGCGGGAACUCGAUCUUGCAGAAGAGGGCUACGACCUCGUGCAAGGCCAAUGGUGCCUCGGCCACCUCUCGGACGACGAGCUCGUCUCGUUCCUCCAGCGUGCUCGCGCCGCCCUGCGCACCUCGCGCACCGACGGCUCGUGCGAGGGCUUCAUCAUCGUCAAGGAGAACGUGUGCUCCGACUCGGCGGCCGACGGCGCCGGCAGGCUCUUUGACGACGACGACAGCUCGAUCACGAGGUCCGACAGGGCGUUCCGCGACGUGUUUGAGCGGGCCGGACUCGAGAUCGUCAGGAGGGAGGUCCAGCUUGGGUUCCCUGAGGAGCUCUUCCCCGUCGUGUCGUACGCCCUGCGGUAGCACCCGACGUCCUCCUCGUCCUCGUUCUCGUAACGACGAGCUUUCCCGCGCCUCUC